AUGGCAGAUAUCAACUCGGAACUGACCAAGCAGGUUAUCGAAUUCACUGAGGUCUUUGCCGAGUUGGAUGACCUCGUCGUUUUCACGCCAAAACUACCAGUUGGCGCGAACUGGGGAUACCUGGGCCCAGUCGCCUGGAAGCGUGAUAGUGAUAUUGAACAGCACUUUCAAAUUUCCGUACCCUCGCUUUCUCAAUCACAGUACGGCGUGAUUUUGUUGACCAAAGACGGCAGCGACGCGCUUGGAGAGAUUGUGGAUUGGGUCCCCAAUAUGGGCACCAUUGAGCCAUCAAGAUUCACAACCUGGCGCGGUAUCCCUGCCGAUCCUGAGAAAUACGUAUCUGGGGGCGACUUGUUCGUGCUCGGCAUGGACAAACCAACCGCAGAGCAAACGGCUGGUAUCAAAGCGAUCCGAAAGGACCUUGUCAUCGAGAGGACGCCGGACCAUCUCAUCUGGUCGCGCAGGCUUCCGCGUGACACUGUGUCGCUUAACGAUGUUAGGAUUGUUACCGGUGUUGAACUGGCUUCGGGAGCGUUUGUGUCAACUAGUGCCCAUGCGGGGGAGGAGAGAACUAUCCCUGUAAUCCGCUUCUUUUCCUAG